ACCGUUUUAGAGAGCCAGGAGUGGUUGGGACCACAUUCUGCUGGCACAUUCUUCCAGGAAACGUAAAAAACCAUCAUCCGAGUGAUCAGCUAAGCUUAAACCAUCUGUCCUUUGAUCCUGCCAGCAACAGCAAACCUCUGCAGUUCGGCAGCGCUGCUGGUCUGCAGGUGUCGGAAAGUCCAGCCGAGAAUGGAAGCGACCCGGGCAAGAAGAGGAAGAGAGCAAACAUUCCUCCAGAUGGUGGCAGAAAUCUAAGCCUUGACUCUAUUCCGAUGGGCUUGCCAAUGUCAGACCCAACUGCCUGGGCCACGGCGAUGAAUAAUCUGGGGAUGGCUCCCAUGGGGAUGACAGGACAGCCCCUCCUGCCUGAUUUUGAUCCUGCUCUUGGGAUGAUGACUGGAAUCCCUCCGAUCAACCCCAUGAUGCCAGGCUUGGGGAUAGUCCCACCUCCCAUCCCUCCGGACAUGCCUGCUGUGAAGGAGAUCAUCCACUGCAAAAGCUGCACUCUCUUCCCACCCAACCCACAUCUACCCCCUCCAGCGACAAGGGAGAGGCCCCCAGGGUGUAAGACGGUGUUUGUUGGAGGGCUGCCGGAAAACGGGACCGAGCAGAUCAUUAUGGAAGUGUUCGAGCAGUGUGGAGAAGUCAUUGCUAUUCGAAAGAGUAAGAAGAACUUCUGUCACAUCCGCUUUGCUGAGGAGUUCAUGGUGGACAAGGCGCUUUAUCUUUCUGGCUACCGCAUCAGGCUGGGCUCCAGCACUGACAAGAAGGAUACUGGGCGCCUGCACGUGGAUUUUGCUCAGGCUCGGGAUGAUCUGUACGAGUGGGAGUGCAAGCAGCGGAUGCUGGCGAGAGAGGAGCGCCAUCGCAGGAGGCUGGAAGAGGAGCGCUUCCGCCCGCCCUCCCCGCCUCCCGUCGUCCAUUACUCCGACCACGAGUGCAGCGUUGUCGCUGAGAAACUGAAAGAUGACACAAAGUUCCUGGAAGCCAUCCAGACCUUGCUGACCUGGAUAGAGCGUGGAGAAGUGAACAGGAGGACUGCCAACAACUUCUACUCCAUGAUCCAGUCGGCCAACAGCCACAUUCGCAGACUGGUGAACGAGAAAGCAGCUCAUGAGAAAGAGAUGGAAGAGGCUAAAGAGAAAUUCAAACUUGCUCUCUCAGGGAUUCUGGUUCAGUUCGAGCAGAUAGUGGCCGUGUACCAUUCUGCCUCCAAACAAAAGGCUUGGGACCAUUUCACGAAAGCUCAGCGUAAGAACAUCAGCGUGUGGUGCAAACAAGCAGAGGAAAUUCGUAACAUUCAUAAUGAUGAACUAAUGGGUAUUCGAAGAGAGGAGGAAAUGGAAAUGUCUGACGAAGAAAUAGAAGAUCCAUCAGAGAUGAAAGAAACAGAAGAAUCAGCGCUGGUAUCCCAGGUGGAAGCCCUGAAAGAAGAAAACGACAGUCUGCGCUGGCAGCUGGAUGCCUACCGGAACGAGGUGGAGCUGCUGAAGCAGGAGCAGGGCAAAGCGAGCAGGGAUGAAGACACGACCAAGGAGCAGCAGAUGAAGCUUCUGCAGCAGGCUCUGCAGGGGAUGCAGAAGCAUCUUUUGAAAGUACAAGAUGAAUACAAAAAGAGAGAAGCUGAGCUAGAAAAAGUGAGAGAAGACAAACUAAAAAUAGAAACGUUAUUAGAAAACCUGAAGGAGCAGCAAAGCAUAGCAGACGAAGAGGACAAGGAGAGAGAUGCAAUUGAUUGUCAAGGGAAUGAGAGCAGCACAUCGAGAGUUUGUGCAUGCAGCCAGGAGAAGGAGUGUCCAGUUGAGAAGACGUUGAGCCAUAGUCCUGUGAAAUCUGAACGAGAAGUUCUGCUAGUGGGAAUAAUUUCAACGUUUCUUCACGUGCACCCCUUUGGAGCAAGCAUAGAGUACAUCUGUUCCUACCUGCAGCGUCUGGACAGCAAAAUUUGCACCGCGGAAGUGGAAGUUCUCAUGACUCGACUCCAGAACACGUUCAGGCAGGAGCUGAGUGGGGUUGGGGCCAGCCUGGAGAAAAGGUGGAAGUUUUGUGGCUUUGAUGGACUGAAAAUGACUUGAGCUUUGACUUAAUGCUGAAAACAACAGCAGGAUGCGUACGCCAGGAAAACCUGGGAUGCCUCUUACCUCUGUUCAUGACGAUUAUCUUGCACGUGUCACAGACUCGGGUGGGAUAAUAUGUAAGUGAUACCGUAAGUCCAGAGCAGCACUGGAAGAAACUUCAAUUUCUGUAGCUUCUUUGAUCAGUUAUUUGUUAACAGGCAAGUGCUGUUCAAUAUAUUUUGUGAAAAAAGUUCAUGUCUGAUAUUUUUAAGCACCGCGUGUUGACUGUGUGUUGCCAGUGUUGUGUGUGUUCUGUGUGCCCAAAUCUCUCAUUCUGUACCUUCUUUUUACUGGUAGGAACAACCAUAGACUGUCCUCUGAAGCAACAAGAGAGGCAUUUUUCUGGUUUGUAGAACCACCAAAAGAGGGGGUGGAAGACUUUUUUUUAGACAUCUCUAUGGUUAAAACCUGAUGUAUGUUUAAACAGAAGAUUUAGAUGGCUCGGAGUUCUCUGAGCCAAACGGUUGGUUCUUUUUCCCUGCUUUUUUCUUUACUAAUGGUUUACCAGUUAAGCUAAGAUGAAGGCAGUGUCUCUAGGAGCUGAGUGUGAUUCUGGCAGUGCCACUGGCAAUCUGUACAUUGCAGAGUCAGACUGUAAAUAAUUUUUUACAAGGGAAGGGUAUUUAAUCUUCUGUUGAUCUGGGUGGAGCAGAGAGCCUACAUCAGAUCUCUAUUUUAGUAAUAGCUUACCACCACGUUUCUCCAUCCCCUUUGCUCUGGAGACUGAGCUUCUGGAAGUGCUACAAGCAGCGCAGAGCCUGCUCCUGAAUCUUCCCACAGGCUGUUCCUCACGUUCUCAGCACAGCCUGGAGCCGACGGAAGGACCUCGCUCGCGCGCUGUCCCUCAAACAUCGGCGUGCCACCCCCAGGCUUAUCUCUAGGGAGCCUGGUUUUAUCCUUUCUCCCUUCAAAUCCAGUUCCAAGCUCUUUCCGUGAGCCCUGCCAGCUCCCGCGCAAAGAUCCUUUUCCCGCUUUGGGGCAGGCGGGGCCCGUCUGUCACCAGCAGCCCUGGUGUUGUGUAGACCAACCUACGAUCAAAAAACCCGAAGUUCUGCCGCUGACACCAGGCUCGGAGCCAGGUGUUGAUCUGCUGGGGCUUCCUCUUUCUCCCCUCAUCCUCCCCCGCAGCUGGGAGGAUGGAGGAGAACAAACACUGCUCGUGCUCCUGAUCCCUUAACCGGCCGUCCCAAGGCCCCGAAGUCUCUCUUGAUUGCCCUGGGAAUUCUUGCUGCAACUCCAUCGCUGCCUACCUGAAAAAUCAAGAACGGGGGUUGAUCCGAGGGCCGUACCAGGGCGGGAAGUUUUCUCUUCACGUCUUUAACCCGGCUCCGAGGGAGGCAGCAGACUUCCCUAAGAAGUGGGUCUGGCCUGUUGGGCCACCAGAAGGGAGCGUCCUGUGACAGUGACCCGCCUUUUCUUCUUCUUUAAGGGACCGGUUUUGAUGCAGGGUGGAGGCCAACUCAAUCUUGGCGACUUCCAACCUUGAUGAACCGUUGUCCCGGUCAUCGCUGGGUUCUACUCACAGAGCCCUGGAUCUAUUAUGCCCCGGCACCUGUGGGGUGGUCACGGGGGGAAACCGGGCAGGAACUUGUCACCGUUGCCCCCGUCCCACCGCGUUCAGCCGGGUGGAGAGAGGACGGGGUAGUCCGUGCUGAGCAGGAGACCUCUCCUUCGGAAAAAGGCUCCAGAGGCGUGGGCGGUUUUAGAGCCCGGGGGCAGGCGUGGCCGGAGCAGAGGGGCGUCGGGAAGGGCACGGCCGCCACGCCGCACGCCGAGGAGCUCCGGGAUGAGCGGGGCGCGGCGGCUGGGGCGGCCCGGGAGCGGGGAAGCCGCCGCGGCGGCGGGACGGGAGCCGGGGUCGGGCCCGGGAGCCGUCCCGCGGGAGCUGCUGCGGCUGGCGGAGCGCCCGGGGCCGGGGCCGUCCGGCGGU